GACUCGUCUUUGCUGACUGCGUCUCUCAGGGCAGGAUAGCGUGUGCUAACGUCCUCAGUGAUCUGUACGCCAUGGGCAUCACGGAGUGUGACAACAUGCUGAUGCUGCUGAGUGUCAGCCAGAAGAUGAACGACAAGGACCGCGAGCGGGUGAUGCCGCUGAUGAUUCGGGGCUUUCGUGACGCAGCAGAGGAGGGAGGGACUUCAGUGACAGGAGGACAGACUGUGAUCAACCCCUGGAUCAUCGUAGGAGGGGUAGGAUCGGUCGUCUGCCAGCCUAAUGAGUUCAUCAUGUGAGUCGGUUCAAACUGUUGCUGUGGCUCUGU